GAAGAGACACACCAGAAAACCCUAGAACAGUUGCAGAAUAAAGAAGAAAGGGGCAAGAGUCGGUUCUUGAUUCUUCAAUUGAUUGUUUGAGUUACACAUUUUGGACACUGGAGCUAUCUAGAGCUAGAAACCAUUAAAGAUUCUUCACUUUCGGUUACGAACUACGAGCCAAGGCAAGCAAUGGAGUGAUGGGCAGGUGUUGUGUGAGAUGUCCCCCAGAAUUGCUCAAAUCCGCCUUGUCAGCUCACAUCGCGAGGUUUAUGAACCGUGUGAUGAUUCAUUUGCUUUAGUAGAUGCGCUUUUAGCUGAUCAAGCAAAUUUAUUACAGCAUCGACCAAAAUUGUGCAUGGAACUGGGCUGUGGUAGUGGCUAUGUUAUUACUUCUCUAGCUCUUAUUCUUGGCAAGGAGGGGCAUUUUAUUGCAACUGAUAUUAACCCUCAUGCGGUCAGAGUGACUCAGGAGACACUGGAAGCACAUGGGGUUCAUGCAGAAUUGAUAAACACUAACAUUGCAUCAGGACUUGAGAAGCGUCUGGCGGGAUUAGUAGAUGUAAUAGUUGUGAACCCGCCUUAUGUGCCUACCCCCGAAGAUGAAGUGGGUCGUGAAGGGAUUGCAUCUGCUUGGGCUGGGGGAGAGAAUGGCCGUGCUGUGAUUGAUAAGAUACUGCCUGUUGCCGACAAUCUUUUGUCAGAGAAAGGCUGGUUGUAUAUGGUCACACUUUCAGAAAACAAUCCAUCAGAAAUAUGCCUCCAAAUGAGAGAGAAAGGCUAUGCUUCCAGGAUCCUUGUCCAGAGAUUGACAGAUGAAGAGAGUCUCCAGAUCAUCAAGUUCUGGCGGGAUGUUGAUUCUCAAUCAGAAGCAAAGGAGAUGGCAACAAACAAAACAGUUCCUUCAAGGGUCAUGGAGACUUUGCGGUCACAAUUUCCUAGAAUGCCGUUUCUCGGAAGCAAUAACAGCAACAGUAGCUGAUGAAUAGACAAGGUACAUUAUGGUUCCUCUUCUUCCCUGAUUUGUAGAAACCUGUAAAAUCAUCAGCUUAUGUGAGGUUCAAAAGAUGUAUUAGGUAUGCGGUUUGCUUGGUCUUUUGACAAGGAGCCAAGGUUCCUAUUGUUAGUUGGUUACAUCUAUCGGUUAGAAUCCCUUCUUUGAAUAUCUUAUGGAAUGUGAUCAUGUGUAUAAUUUGUAGAUUUGUGUUCCUUUGUUUGCUCGAGGUUUGGGGGUUUCAACUGCCUAAAUCAAAGCCUUUGAGUCAUUCCUUCUAAAAGAAUUUGAGGUGUAUGCAACUCUUGAGAAGUGGAGGACCCGAGUCCUACCUUUUUAGCU